AUGCUCAGCGUGCUGGGUCGUUCGUGCUAAAGAAUAUGGAGAUAGUUGCUGAGAGCCUAUGGCAAGAAAAGAAAAACAAACCAACCUCAUGCCUCAAACAAUCCGCAGAUGCAGGAAACCUGAAGCUCAAUACCUCAUGGGAACGUUUGCAAGUUGGGCACUUCGCUUCAGAUCUCCGUAUGCCGUUUCAAUUUGAAUUCCCAUUUCAGUUAGCAAGUUGGGCACUUCGCUUCAGAUCUCCGUGUGCCAUUUCAGUUUGCAAGUUGGGCACUUCGCUUCAGAUCACCAACUUGAGGGAGAGUUUGAAGAUAAGAAGAAUUGCUUGGUCAUCACGUUGGGUAUUGGUGAUAAGGCCUCUUACGAUUUAUCUCUAUCUCUAAGAUUCAUUGUUAUUGUCAUUUAUA